AUGGCUCCAGGUGCUGCAACGGGGAAGCUAGGAUGCAUGGCUGCUGGGAAUGGGACUGGCUGCUUUGGCCUUUCAAAACGGAUGGGAACGGAAGAGAUGAAACCGGACUGCGAUGAACUGGGAGGGGAGAAGGGAAGCAAUGGCGAUGGUCACUGGGAGAGCUGCUGCAGCUGGGAGGGCGAGCGUGGGUGUGGGUCUGAGAAUGGGAAGGAGAAGAGCGAUAAGAGCGAGAAGAGGCAGGAAAAUGGCAGGGCUGAUGCAGGUUGCGGGCUGCCUGAUGGUGAGAGGAAUGAGAGCGGGAAUGAGAAGAUUGACAAGAGUGAGAAGGGGGACAAGAGUGAGCAUGAGAAGAUUGAGAAUGGGAAGAGCGAGAAGAGUGAGAAUGAGAAGAGUGAGAAUGAGAAGAGUGAGAAGGAAGGUCAACACGAGGCAGCGGUGCCUAUGGAGGAAGACUCAGCACCACAGCCUGCUGCCAAGGGUGCAACCAACGGCAGUGGCGGUAAAGAGGAAGCUUAUAAGGGGGACGGCGCUGAGGCGAUGCAAGUGGAGGAGGUGGGAGAUGACGCAGGAGGCUAUGGGGGCAUGGAGGUGGCAACGCCACUAGACCAGCUGCCGCUGAUUCAGGUGCAGAUGGAGCGAGCAGACCUCGUUGCCUCCACCUACACUCGCUUGCUCCACGCCUCCGCCCCCACCACCACCACCACCACCACCACUGCUGCCGCCGCUGCUCAUGGUUCUUCCGGUGUCAACACCCACAGUGCUUCUGAUGCCUCUGGUAAUGCCAUCGGGUCUGCAAGACCAGGUGCUGCUGCAGCUGCUGGCCUUCCCGCUUCCACUCCAUCUGCCUCAGCAGCAGCAGUAGGAGGAGCAGGUGUGGCUGGGGGUAAGGUUGCUGCCAAUGGGAACGUGCCAUGUGGCAGUCAGGGAUUGGCGUCUGAAUCGGAAGAAGCUGAGCUGGACAACUUCAUGGGCCAGUUUGUGAAGCUGCUGCGCGCGUUCAAGGAGCAACUGGAGGAGCACAUUCGAGUGCAUGCCAGGGAGGCCGUCACCACAUGCGCUCGGAUCAAACACGCCGUUGCUGCUGCUGGUGGCGCUGCUGUCGACAAGCUUGCUGCGUCUGGUGCUACCAUGUCGGACGAUGGGGCCGGGGGAAGGGGUAGCAAGGCUGAGGAGGAUGGGUGCAACAGCCAUGGCUAUGGUUACACUAGCAAAGGCCAUGGCCAUGCAUGUGGGUAUAAUGUUCAUGGCAAUGGGCUGUCAAGCAGCCUUGGUCAUGGGUGGAAUGGCGCUAUUAACCCUUUUACCCCGUCUGCUGCUGCUGGUGGUCGGAGUGGUGGUGGUGGGGGCAUGGGGGGUCAUAGGAGCAUGGGGACGCAUGACAGCAUGGGGGCACAUGGAAGCAUGGGGGGGCAUGGCAACGUGGGCAUGGGGAUGGGUGCGGGCAUGGGCAUGGACAUGACAGGGAGCAUGGGCAUGAGCAUGGGCAUGGGGGUUGGGGGCCCGCAGGACAGGAGUGCGGUGGAGGAGGCUUUACUCAAAGAAUACGGCAGGGAGGGGUUCCGCGCUCGCCUGCUGGGAGUGAGGGAGGAGAUCAUGCGCAAGAGGCGUGCGGGGAAGCUUCCAGGAAACACCACGCAGGUGCUCAAGGCGUGGUGGAACGAGCACAUCCAGUGGCCCUACCCCACGGAGGAAGAGAAAGCAGGCCUCAUGGCACAGACUGGUCUUGAGCUGAAGCAGGUGAACAACUGGUUCAUCAACCAGCGCAAGCGCAACUGGCACGGCAACCCUGCUGUCGCAGCAGCGCAGCACAAAGGGCCCAAACAGGCCAAGCGCAGAUGA